AUGUUGUCUUCGGUGCCUACAUGGAUAUUCAGUCUUUGUAGCCUUAUGUCCAUUGAUCUUAGCCUUAAUGGAGCUGAAGGUUUGAUUCCCAAUGGUUUUCAAAACAUGUCUUCUCUCAAAUUUCUUGAUCUUAGUUGGAAUUCAUUCUUUUCAUCAUCGACACUCAGCUGGUUGUCUAAUUUAAACCAACUUCAAUUCCUUGGUCUUGUUGAUGUCGGCCUGAAAGGUAAUUUUCUAAGUGCUAUUGGAAACUUGAGCUCUCUUACUCAUCUUGAUGUUUCACGUAAUGGAAUUGAUCAAGAGGUAUCAGAAAUCAUAGAGAGUUUGUCUAGAUGUAGUAUGGAUCGAUUAGAGUCAUUAAAUAUUGCAUCUAACAAACUUUCUGGCCAUUUACCUGAUCAACCUGGCCAAUUUAAAAUUUUGGCAUACGUUUCCCUUGCUGGAAACUCCAUUUCUGGUCCCAUUCCAUUCUCAAUAGGGAAGUUAUCAUCAUUGAAAGUUCUUGAUGUUUCACACAAUCGAUUGAAUGCAACUCUCCCUCAAAGUUUAGGACAACUUGGGAAUUUGGAACAUUUAGACUGGCUACAAUUCCAAAAGAACUUGUCUCUAUUAGAUAUCUCCCAUGCUGAAAUUUCAGGUCCAUUGCCACUAGCAAUUUCAAAUUUGGAGUUUUCAUUUUUGUCUAAUAAUCUAUUUUCAGGACCCCUUUCUAAUUUUCUUUGUAAUUCCUCAACUAAACGGGAAACUUUGACCUUUCUUGACAUUGAAUCAAAUCGUCUAUCAGCCACCAUUAUUAGCUUUUGUGAUGGGAAUUCCAAUGUGCUUUGCAUUGAGAGUGAGAUGCAAGCUCUUUCGAGGUUCAAGCAACACCUAAUUGAUCGAUCAAACAGGCUAUCUUCUUGGGUUGAAGGUAGUCCUGACAUAGAACUGGAUGAUGAACGGGAUGUUUACUUUCAGUCAGCUGAACGGGAUGCUUACUUUCUGUCAAAGCUAGGAGGCAAAAUAAAUCCUUCUUUGAUCGAGUUGAAACAUCUCAGUUGCCUAGACUUAAGCAACAACGACUUUGGAGGCCUGGCAAUUCCUGAAUUCAUUGGUUCGAGGAAGAGUUUGACAUAUCUUAACCUCUCUUCGGCAAAAUUCAGCAGAGCAAUUCCCCAUAAUCUUGGAAAUCUCUCAAAAUUACAUUAUCUUGAUCUUGGACACAAUUCCUUUUUUGAAGCUAAAACUCUUCAAUGGGUUUCUGGUCUUUCGUCUCUGCAGUAUCUUGAUUUGAGUGAUGCAAAUCUUACUAAAGCAACUGAUUGGCUGCAGGCAACAAACAAACUUCCUUCUUUGGUGGAGUUACACUUAUCAGAUUGCUCUUUAAAUAAUAAUGAUCCAUCUUCAAUCAGUGUUAACUACACAUCUCUCGCCGUUCUUGAUCUUUCUUCAAACAUGUUGUCUUCGAUACCUACAUGGAUAUUCAGUCUUCGUAGUCUUGUGUCCAUUGAUCUUAACUCUAAUGCAGUUGAAGGUGUGAUUCCCAAUGGUUUUCAGAACAUGUCUUCUCUCAAAUUUCUUGAUCUUAGUUGGAAUUCAUUCUCUUCAUUAUCGACACUCAGCUGGUUGUCUAAUUUAAACCAACUUCAAUUCCUUGGUCUUGUUUAUAUCAGCCUAAAAGGUAAUUUUUCAAGUGCUAUUGGAAACUUGAGCUCUCUUACUCAUCUUGAUGUUUCACGUAAUGGAAUUGAUCAAGAGGUAUCAGAAAUCAUAGAGAGUUUGUCUAGAUGUUGUUUGGAUCGAUUAGAGUCAUUAAAUAUUGCAUCUAACAAACUUUCUGGCCAUUUACCUGAUCAACUUGGCCAAUUUAAAAAUUUGGCAUACCUUUCCCUUUCCGGAAACUCUAUUUCUGGUCCCAUUCCAUUGUCAAUCGGGAAGUUGUCAUCAUUGAAAUUUCUUUAUGUUGCAAAAAAUCGAUUGAAUGCAACUCUUCCUCAAAGUUUAGGACAACUUGGGAAUUUGGAACAUUUAAACGUCAGCAAUAAUAUGUUGGAAGGAAAUAUAUCAGAAAUGUUCUUUUCUAAUCUCUUGGGAUUGACAGUUUUUUGGGCAUCUAACAACAUGUUAACGUUUAAACCAAACCCAAGUUGGAUUCCUCCUUUUCAAUGGAAAAGUAUUGGAUUAGGAUCCCUUUCUAAUAUUCUUUGUAAUUUCUCAACUAAACUGGAAACUUUGACCAUUCUUGACAUUGAAUCAAAUCUUCUGUCAGGUGAAAUUCCAGAUUGUUGGGAAAAUUACCAAACGUUGGAAGUCUUAAAUUUAGGAAACAACAAUCUAAAUGGGAAAAUUCCUAGAUCCUUGGGAUCUGUAGGUGGUAUCGAGUCAUUAAACCUUCGUAACAAUAACCUGUUUGGAGAAGUACCAUCUAUAUUGCAGCAUUUAGCUAAUUUGCUUAUUCUUGAUCUUUGUGAAAAUCAAUUAACGGGAAGUAUUCCAGCUUGGAUUGGAGACAAGCUUUUAAGCCUUGUGUUCUUGGAUCUUGGUUAUAACAACAUUUCAGAAGCUAUUCCAAAAUGUUUUAGUAACCUAAGUGCCAUGGCCGCAAAACCCCUCAACGGAAUCUUGUAUCGAUGGGUCUUGGAAUUCCACCCUAACAACUGGUUUUAUUUAGGUGCAUUAUUGGUGAUGAGAGGAAGAGAGGAUGAAUAUAGUACCACACUAGGACUUGUUACCGGCAUAGACCUUUCAGGUAACAGUCUCACAGGAAAGAUCCCCAGAGAACUUGGUAAUCUCAAGGAGCUGCGGUCGUUAUAUUUGUCAGGAAAUCUCCUAACAGGACAGAUACCAGAGAACAUUGGCAAUCUGGAGGUGUUGGAAUCUCUUGACUUGUCGAUGAACCGACUCCAAGGUGAAAUCCCUUCAAGUUUCUCCAAUUUGAAUUUUUUGAAUCACUUCAACGUGUCAUAUAACAACUUGACAGGAAAAAUCCCAUUAGGCACCCAGCUCCAAAGCUUUGACAAUUUUUCUUACAUUGGCAAUCUUCUUUGCGGACCUCCAAUCACUAAAAAUUGCAGCAGAAAUGGCGAAACACCUGAUGUUAUAAAUGGAGGUAGCAGUGAAGGAAGGCACAGGUUUGAGGUGAAUUGGCUUUAUGUGAGCAUGGUGGUUGGAUUUGUCAUGGGGUUUUGGGGAGUUGUGGCUCCCCUGAUUUUCAUCAGGUCUUGGAGGUUUGCUUAUAAUAAAAUACUGGAGCAUAUUGGUGAUAAGUUAUACGUGUUUUGGGUUACUAUUGGUAUUCGGAUAUGA